AUGGCGAUCUGUACUUAUAACGCACGUACGCUUGCAUCGGAAGCGGCCAUCGAAGAUCUGAUGAUGCAAGCCAAGAAGAUCAAAUACGACGUCAUCGGACUGACCGAGACGAGACGACGUCACCCUCUCAACGCCGUAUAUGAAACUGGAGAACUGUUCUUAGGAACAUGCGACAGUAGAGGUGUUGAUGGAGUUGGCGUCCUCGUCAACACGAGUAUGGCAAAGAACAUCAACUCUUUUGAACAACUUACGACCCGAAUCGGACGUCUGCGGAUGAGAAGAUGUGGCCCAACGCCAGCUUUGACUAUCUUCGUCGCUUACACUCCAACAUCAAGUUACCAAGAGAGGGAAGUCGAGCAUUCUAGAUCUGGAGAAGUUCUAUAG